UGGAUUCUGGGAGAAUUUCCAUCACCAGCCAUUUUCAGAGCUUCCUGCUGUCAUCUGUAAACACAGGCAGACGGGACCGCUGCGAGACGCGCACAUUCAGUGGGUCACGAAGCAACCAGCAAGGAUGGAUGGGACGAAGCUGGCGAACCCUCCUUUCCCAUACUGAGAUCAAUUACUGAUCAGGGCCGACCUGAAAGGAACUGACUCCGAGAGGGCUAGAUCCUAUUAGCUAGCCACGCUAGCAUAAUUGGCUACAAUGCACGGUUUGGUAUUCGCAUGCGUAACGGUUCCAGCGAGUUAACUUAAAGAGAUAAAAAAUAAAGAUUUGUUUUACUUCGGAGGCCAAACGAACAGGACUAAAAAAGAUUGCGGAGAAGUGCUUUAACCGGAAACGAAGACAUUUGAUUCCGCAGCGGAGAAAGUGUAGACAAUGUCCACCAUGGUGUACCCACGGGAGGAGGCUUUGGAGAGGCUUAGCCAGGAUGAAAUCGUCCUCAACACGAAGGCCGUUAUCCAGGGCCUGGAGUCUCUCCGUGGCGAGCAUGCCCAGCUCCUCACCUCUCUGCUGGACUGCGGUCCACCCGCUGCCCAGGAGAAGUCCGGCCUACUGCGCAAGAGCCUGGAGGCGAUCGAGCUGGGGCUGGGCGAGGCGCAGGUGAUCAUCGCGCUGUCCAGCCACCUGAGCGCGGUGGAGUCGGAGAAGCAGAAGCUGCGGGCGCAGGUGCGGCGGCUGUGCCAGGAGAACCAGUGGCUGCGGGACGAGCUGGCCGCCACGCAGCACAAGCUGCAGAAGAGCGAGCAGAGCGUGGCGCAGCUGGAGGAGGAGAAGAAGCACCUGGAGUUCAUGAACCAGAUCAAGAAGUUCGACGACGACGUCUCGCCCUCGGACGAGAAGGCCAGCGAGACCUCCAAGGACAGCCUGGACGACCUGUUCCCCAACGACGACGACCAAGGGCCAGCCCAGCCCAGCGGAGAGGCCGCAGCCCAGCAGGGGGGGUACGAGAUCCCGGCCCGCCUGCGCACCCUGCACAACCUGGUGAUCCAGUACGCCUCCCAGGGCAGGUACGAGGUGGCCGUGCCCCUCUGCAAGCAGGCCCUGGAGGACCUGGAGAAGACCUCCGGCCACGACCACCCCGACGUGGCCACCAUGCUCAACAUCCUAGCCCUGGUGUACAGGGACCAGAACAAGUACAAGGAGGCGGCGCACCUGCUGAACGAUGCCCUGGCCAUCAGGGAGAAGACCCUGGGCAAGGACCACCCCGCGGUGGCCGCCACCCUCAACAACCUGGCCGUGCUCUACGGCAAGCGGGGCAAGUACAAGGAGGCGGAGCCCCUGUGCAAGCGUGCGCUGGAGAUCCGCGAGAAGGUCCUGGGCAAGUACCACCCGGACGUGGCCAAGCAGCUCAACAACCUGGCGCUGCUGUGCCAGAACCAGGGCAAGUACGACGAGGUGGAGUACUACUACCAGCGCGCCCUGGAGAUCUACGAGUCCAAGCUGGGCGCCGACGACCCCAACGUGGCCAAGACCAAGAACAACCUGGCCACGUGCUAUCUGAAGCAGGGGAAGUUCAAAGACGCCGAGUCGCUGUACAAGGAGAUCCUGACCCGGGCUCACGAGAAGGAGUUCGGCUCGGUCAACAAUGACAACAAACCCAUCUGGAUGCAUGCGGAGGAGAGAGAAGAAAGCAAGGGCAAACGCAAGGACUCAGGCCCCUAUGGGGAGUACGGCAGCUGGUACAAGGCCUGCAAAGUGGACAGCCCUACAGUCAAUACCACCCUGAAAAGCUUGGGGGCACUGUAUCGCCGGCAAGGAAAACUUGAGGCUGCUGAAACACUGGAAGAAUGUGCCACCAAAACACGCAAACAGGGCAUUGAUGCCAUUAACCAGAGUAAGGUGGUGGAGCUGCUGAAGGACGGGGCGGCGGGAGUGGGCGAGCGACGGCAGAGCCGGGAGGCGCUGAACGGGCCGGGGGGGACGCGGGGGGAGUGCGAGGGCGAAGACGGGGCCGAGUGGAACGGGGACGGUAAUGGCGCCCUUCGCCGGAGCGGCUCCUUCGGGAAGAUCCGCGACGCGCUCCGCCGGAGCAGCGAGAUGCUGGUGAAGAAGCUGCAGGGCAGCGGGCCCCAGGAGCCGCGCAACCCAGGGAUGAAGAGGGCCAGUUCCCUCAACUUCCUGAACAAGAGUGCAGAAGACCCUGCACAGGAGGCCAAUGCAGGCCUAUCAGAAUGCAGAGGACUGAGUGCCAGCAAUGUGGACCUGUCAAGACGCAGCUCUCUGAUUGGCUGAAGUCUAGAAUUUGGGUGGGGCAGAAGAAGGAAUGCUUCAUGAUAAGGGUAUAUCCUGCCCAAUAUAAACAAAAAUAUGCUGAAAAGAAUUCUCUUUUAUAGAAAAAUUCAUAAAAACGAAAGAGAAAAAAAAACACAUGGCUUUGGCUUGAGACAGCUUUUGUGAUCAACACUGGAACACUGUUAAACUACACUGGAAAUGAUCAAACAAGUAUAAAAAAGAAAAAAAAAGUAGAAAGUAAUCCAGCAUGCUGCUUCCUAGGCUUGGGGUCGAAUGUCUGCAAGGGAGACACCUACUGGUGGAUUUGAGUAAUAACAUCAUUGAAAAAUCGCUGGUUAUGUUACAAAGGACCCUGUUUUCUGCAGACACUCCAUCUCAAAUGUUAGAAUCAGAUUUCAAUCUUAAAGUAAAAAAAAAAGGUUGCAUAUAUAUAUAUAUAUAUUUCAGUAGUGGCAUGUAUUACUGCAGACGCUUC